GCGCCGCCGCGCCCGGCCAACGCCCCUCUGCGCCGCCCGCACCACACCCGCAUGGUCGACGCGUGCCGCCGUGACCAGUGACCGCCCCGCCGACCAUCUCGGGCGCCCAUGUUGCAACGACGAAAGCAUCGCAUACGAGCCCCACCACCGGCCUGAACCCCUGCCCGGCGCCUCGCCCUCCGCCUCGCCCGCCGCCUGCGCUGCCUCCCGCGCCCGCUCCGUCUCGACGCCGCGAUUCCCUUAGAUGGCCGAGUACUCGGUCUACCAAAGGGGAGCCGGCCAGACCUUCUACCCGCAACACGCACCCGCCAUCCGCACCCUCCCCGCCCGCGUCCGGUCGCCCUCGACCGCCGCCCGCAUCCCCUUCAGCAACCCCGACACGCCGUCGCCGUCGCGCUCGCCCGGCCGCCAGCAGUCGCCGCAGCAGUUCGGCAUGUUCAACCAGCAGCACGGCCACCAGGCCCAGCACGUCAUGAUGAACGGCCGCAACUCGCACCAGAACUACGCCAUGCAGAUGAACCUGGCCGGCAAGACCUUCCCGCACAACCAGAACCACCAGCACCAUGGCCAGCACCACCCCCAGCACCAGGACCACACCGGCGGCGCCCACGGCGCCCAGUACAACCACCAGCACAACCUGUCCAGCGGCAACAUGUCCAGCGCGCAGCCCCACUUCGGCCAGGCGCACAUGCAGAACGGCACCCCGAACAGCGUCCACAGCGGGCUCAGCAAGCCGCCAAACGAGCACUGGGCCGAGCAGCUGCGCCUCGCGCAGACCGCGCGCGAAAUGACACAGUCGCACUCCCACGCCAGGAUCCACCCCAGCGUGAGCAAGAGCGUUGUCGCAGGCACCGGCAACGGCCUGUCGAAAGAGCCGGAUAAAGAAGAGCGCAAUAGACCUGCUGUUGGAGGCGCCGCAGACGGAAAGGGCGACCAUAUCUGGACCAUCUUGGACUUUGGCGGCCAGAACCUAAAGGUCAUCACCCCUGCGCUGUUCAACUACACGUUCCUCACGAAACUCUACGUCAACUGCAACAAGCUCUCGUACAUCCCCCAGAGCAUUGGCCAGCUACGGAACCUCACGCACCUGGAUCUGUCCCUCAACAACCUCCAAUACCUGCCUCCGGAGAUUGGCAUGCUCGUGAACCUGAAGCAGCUCCUUCUUUUUGACAACCACCUCGAAAACCUUCCUUACGAACUCGGCUCUCUCUUCCAGUUGGAAAUGCUCGGCAUAGAAGGCAACCCGCUACCGGACGAUCUGAAGCAAAUAAUCAUGGAGUCAGGAACAACUGAGCUCAUCAAGCACUUCCGAGAGAACUCGCAGGGCCCCGAAGCGCCGAAUGAGCGAGACUGGAUUGUGCUUGAUGAGAUCCAGGACCCAGACCAGGAGACCGUGACCGCUUUGAGCUACAACAUUCUCUGCGAUAAAUACUGUACAGUAGCACAGUACGGCUACACGCCCAGCGCAGCGCUAUCGUGGGAGAACCGCCGAGAGGCCAUUUUGGGAGAACUGCGAGAACGCAAUGCCGACAUAGUGUGUCUACAAGAGAUCGACCAGGACAGUUUCAACGAGUACUUCCGCGAAGGUCUGGCUCACAACGACUACAAGGGAGUCUUCUGGCCCAAGUCCCGCGCACGAACGAUGGCAGACAGAGAAGCUAAGCUAGUCGAUGGCUGUGCUAUCUUCUACAAGAACAGCAAAUACAUCUUGUUGGACAAGCAGCUCAUCGACUUUGCCAAUACUGCCAUCAAUCGACCGGACAUGAAGGGCGAGCACGACAUUUUCAACCGUGUCAUGCCUCGUGAUGACAUUGCGGUCAUCACCUUCCUCGAGAACCGUGCAACCGGCUCGAGGUUCAUCGUUGGAAACGUCCACGUCUUCUGGAACCCCGCGUUUACUGACGUCAAGCUUGUGCAAGUCGCCAUUCUGCUCGAAGGCAUCAAGAACUUUGCCAACCGAUGGGCUAAGUUCCCUGCAUGCAAAGACAAGGUCGUCUACCGCUUCACGAAUGGCGACACCGAGGACGGCAAAGAGCCAGAUCCCUCGCAGGAGCCGGGACCAUCCAAGGAGUACUCGGACGGCACACAAAUCCCGCUCAUCCUGUGCGGUGACUUCAACUCCCUGCCCACAUCUGGUAUCUACGACCUCAUCACGACCGGAAGCAUGUCCAACGUCCACAAUGACCUAGGCAGCCGAAAGUACGGUAAUUUUACGAGGGACGGCAUCUCCCAUCCGUUCAGCCUCAAGUCUAGUUACUCGACGAUGGGAGAGCUCUCGUUCACAAACUACACUCCGUCGUUUGUUGGCGUCCUCGACUAUAUCUGGUAUUCGACAAACACCCUGCAAGUUGUGGGCCUUCUCGGCGACAUCGACAAAAACUACAUGCAGCGAGUGCCUGGAUUCCCCAACUACCACUUCCCCAGUGAUCACAUCGCCUUGUACGCACAAUACAUUGUCAAAGGCCAGAAACAGGCAAAGAAAGUAUCCGAGGUCGACUUUGGGUCAAGCUCCAACCGAGAUCGGAGAAACUGAGCCAGGUUGCGAAUCCUUCCAGCCCCGCAUGCUUCUGGCGCGCCUUCUCUAUUGUAAUUCUCCGUGGCUGAGAAGAUUGUCAAUAGGCGCGAGUGCGGGAGUUGUAUGCUGUUUUCAAGGCGUCCGUUUGCUCGGUGUUCGGGUUGCUCUUCGCGCUGUCAAAUCUUCAUGGGUCUGUGAUGGAAGUUUAGGAUUGUUU